GCAAAGCAAGCGUUUUCUAACUGACGGACUAACUUGGGAAACGGAGAAGUGUGGUAGACUGCAAAUACAUAUAAAAAAGAUGUCCUCAGACGAAGAGGAACCGACCAGUCCUGUUCUGCCAAAGGACUCUGAUCGAGGGAGCUCUGUCUCCUCUGAGCUUCAGGAUGAGUAUGAGGAGCUCCUCCGCUAUGCUGUGGUCACCACUAGGCCUGACAGACCCACCAGUUCUCACGUGCAGCGGUUAGGCACCUCCCAUCUAUCUGCAGAGGGUCGGUGUUCCCAGAGAAAAGAUGACACCAAAUCAACGCGCCCAGCAGAUACUGCGACUCAAGCUACAGAUGGAAGGCAUUCGAGCAGGAGUGUGAGGUCAACACAGGUCUCCCCCUUAAUUGUUGAACCCUCCACACACUCAAGAGCCUCUCAGGCUGAGGAGACGGCAGGACGGUCGUCUAGCAGGGCGUCGGUGCCCUCUAACGCUGCCUCAGAGAGGGGACCGACGGUGUCUGAGGGGUCCGGGUCAAACAGCCCAGACCCCCUCGAGUCUGCUGUGACAGAAAUGUUUAUCUCGGAGGAAAACAUAAGCAAGAUGGAGAACAUUCUUGAUACGUGGAGCAACAACCUGAAGUCAAAUGUGCUGACGGAGCUCAGGAAGUGGAAGCUGGCCUUCAUGGAGAAACACAAGCUGGAGAUAAGGAAGGAGAAGGAGAGGUAUGAAGCCCAGUCAGCUGGCCUGAGAUCAGAGAUAGACGGCCAGAAGGGACUGCUACACACCUACGAGACCUCCAACCAGAGGAAAGACGAGGUGAUUGCGAACCUGAGCCAGGUGCUGGAGAGACAAAAAGAAAAGCAUGAAAAAAUGAGGGCCUUCACCCACUGGAGACUGAAGCUCACUGAGGCCAAAGAGGAGGCUCACGCUGCUCGGGUAGCGCAGCAGCACUACAAUCUGCAGCUGAAGAAGAAGGUGUGGUUCGGCUGGCAGACCCUGAUCCAGAAACACUGGAAGGUCAAGGUGGAGCGGGCCUGUCGCGCGCGGGCAGAAGAGGUGUGCACCCGCCUGUCUGCAGAGUACGAGGCCAAGCUGGCAGAGCACUGCGAGGCUGUAGAGAGGGCUCAGGCUGAGAUUCAGAGACUGCGACUGGAGCGAGAGCGCUAUGAAGAGUCUAUGAAGAAAGCCUUCAUGAGGGGCGUGUGUGCUCUCAACAUGGAGGCUCUCGGCAUGUUUCAAACUACAGAGGGACGACUGGAGCAACCGGCUCAUGAUCAGCACGAUUUUCCGCCUCCCCAGGAUGAGCCUGGCUCUGCUCCAUUGGCUCAUCUGCCAACAUUUCCCAUCCCUACCUCCCGGUUCAGCCCAGUCCACUUUGACCGCCCGGACCCUUCCCACAGUGAAGCAGAGGAUAUGAUGGGUUCUGGUGCCCCCACGUCCCGGGCAGAAAUGAUCCCUCCCACUACAGUAGUGCACAGCUCCCUGCCACUAGGGGGCGCUCCCAGUCCCCACAAACAGGGGGGUGGUCGUGUCAUCACAGCCAGUCAACAGAAACCUUUAAAGACGGUAACGGCUCGCAUCACUGCGCGCUCUGACGUCUUGAAGGCCGCACGCAGCAACCUCCAGGUGAUGGGUGUGGCUCCGCCCAUGAGCUCUGUGAUCGUUGAACGCCAUCAUCCUGUCACUCAGCUCACCAUUGGUCAGGCCACAGCUGCUAAGUUCCCCCGUCCCUCCAAACAGGUCCAGAGCUCCUCCGCAGGCAGGAGCUCCUCCAGAACACACAACAACACGUGCCAAGUACACUCCAUCAAAGUGGUUGACUAACCACACACAUAUCGCACGGACAGUGUUCUUCACCUAGUGACAUUUUAAAUGGUUACACAUCCUAUGCAACAAACCUAGAAAUAGUUGCCAUGGCAUACAUUCGGUCCAUUUUAUUUUGGGGUGAAUUUGCCCUUGUUGCUUUUUGAAGUAGUGUUUUUAGCUUCCUCUCAUGAAUGUGUUUCUUUAGCAAUAGAAUCUUCUCUCAGGAAAGAGCCACACAGAUACAGGUGUUUAGAAAUGCACAUGGACAUGUUUUACAAAUACCAGCUUGACGGAGUGUAGAAUGGAAAAAUGGACAUGUAUUUUUAUGAACACUUUUAAAUUAUGCACAGGUGAGACUGUACUGUAAUGUUUAAAAUGCAUGUUUUAAGUAUUUAUUUUAUUGACGUUUUCUAUUAAGACCGUCCAACACCACAGGUUGUUUUCUUUACUAAACCAAAGCCAUAUUUUGAUGAUCUAAAUAAAUUAUUUUACUGCUAA